AUGGACUACAAAGACAUGGAAAGCUAUUAUCAAAUUUGUAUUGCAGACCUUAUUCCAGAAGUUAGAAAGAAAGAGAGAAGAUCAAAGAUGUUUCAUGCAAGUAAAAGAUUGCAGGCAAUUCGCAAGCAACUGAAACAAAUCAAUGAACAGUAUAAAAAUACUGAAGCUGAAUUUGAACAAGUAACAGUGACAGAAUCAGAGGCAAACAUGGACAAGAGGAAUACAAAUGCCUAUGAGAUAAGUAGAGCUAGAAUUUCCAACAGUGGCUAUUCUACUGCGAUUACCAUAAACGACCUAAAUGAACAAGUAUCUAGCAGCAAAAAUAACAAUGUGGGUGCGGAUCUAGGAUCUCUAAUAGAAUGUACUUCCAGUGAAGUGGCGGGACUCCCUCUGUCUGAGGACCUUCGGUGCGCCAUAUUGAAUAUGGAGGAUCUAGACGAUGUGGAGAAUGUCCUCGGUGAUGUGAUGAAUUCUGUAUUAGAUGAUACUUCUUUUGACAAAGAUUUGGAAUCUAUUGAGCAGACGGGUAGUUUUUCGACUAGCUCCUCUGCUGAGCAUUGCCAUGCCCAAAACACAAAAGGUAAAAAUCCUUCACCAGAAAACAGUACCCGGAAGUCGGAGACUAUUGCGGAGGAAGGAAACUGGCGAGAGGACCGGAAAAAGAAGGACAAACAUAAUAUAAUUGAACGACGGCGGCGACACAACAUAAACGAUAGAAUUAAAGAACUGGCAUCUCUCCUUCCAGACAGCGUGCCUCUCGCCUUUAAGCAGAGCAAAGGAUCUAUUUUGAAAGAAUCUGUGGCGUACAUGAAGGAAUUAAUGACGAAAAGACAGAAUUUGCAGAAGUUGAAGGAAGACCAAAAGACCAUGCAUUCGAAAUAUCAGAAACUGCUCAUCAGAAUUUUCCAACUGGAAUUAAAGUUGAAACUGUAUCAUAGUUUGUCAGAAGAGUUCGACUACUCUAGGGCCAAAAGGAGGAAAAAGCCAAAGAAACGUUUAACCGAAAUUAAUGCCUUUGUAGAGGAUCUUGUUAAAGCCAAAGACGGCGCUUGGCUGCCCAAUAGCAAACAGAAGUUCCUGCCACCUUCUAAGCUAAUCUUACAGCAGCAUUUCAAGAAUAAAACUGCUGAAGAAGGACAUUCUUAUGCACGAAGUGAUAACAGUAAAUCUAAUGAUGAAUUUACUGACCACGUUGAUCAACCGGAAAAGCAGAAAAAAGAACAAACUGCCCCUUUAUCUCAUUCAGCUGUUCAGAUCACAGAAAUAUCAAAAGAGCGAAAUGAUACAACUUCAUUUCCGUACGACAAAGCAGAUUCUGGUUUUAAGGACGAAGAAGGAGUUUUGGAAUUAUCGACAGAACAGUGCGACAUUUUGCUUGGUCUGUUUGAGAACAAUCAGAACAACAAUGAACUUAUAUUAAAUACGAAUUUCUCGCCAAAUCCAGACGAUGCCACCGCAAGCCAAGGGUGUUUUUCGCCGGUAACGUCUACCUGCAACAUGUUGGAAAGAUUGCUGAGAAGGCAGAACUCAACUUCCGUGUGCAGCUCUGGAUCGAGUGGAUUGGAGGAUUCAACCGAAAGCGUGACGGGCUUACGUUGAAAUGUUUCUAUAAUGAAACGUGCCGAA